AUGCCGCAUUUUUCCUUCUCCGAUCUCCUCCCCACCUCCACCGCCGCCGCCAAGAAACCAACGCCGGCCACCGUCCUCUUCCAAGACUAUUACAACGAGUGGUUCAAGACCCUGAAGACGACCCUCCUCCCGCUAAUCCACCGCUCCCUCACCGACCCUUCCCCGCCGGCGCUGCUCUCCUCCCACGUCCACCUCCUCCUCCACCACUUCCUCUCCUACUACGACGCCCUCGACCUCGCCGCCACCGUCUCCGCCGACAACCUCCCUCACCUCCUCCACCCGCCGUGGCGCAACUCGCUCGAGCGCCCUUUUCUCUUCCUCGGCGACCUCCACCCUUACUUGCUCACCAACCUUUUGAGGAAAUUCCUCAGAGAGGGAGGAUCGGAAUCCGAAUCCGACACCGAGCGCGAACCUCAAACCGAUUCCGAGGCCGCGUGGCAGUUGGGGAUCACGGCGUGGAAAGACCCAUCCGACGAAUUGAUGGUCAAGAUCGAGCAGAUUGAGCGCGGCCUGCGGCUGAUCGUGCCUUCGUUUUCGGAGAGGAUGAAGAAGGCUCAAGCAGGGUUUAUGAAGAAAGUGGGAGAGCAGUGGAUUGGGACUGCGACGGUGGCGGAGGCCAUGAAAAUUGAGAUGGAUGAGAUGGUGAGCGUGUUCCUUGACGCGAAUCGGGCGCGGCGGAGCGUGAUCUCGGAGAUCGUAGGGACGCUGAAUCUGUAUCAGGGUGCUCUGUUUCUUGAAGGGUUGGCCCAAUUUCUUGUUGGGUUCAAGGACCCCGGUUUGGUCAGGAAGUUUAAGCGGCACCGGAUUCCAAGCACCGUCGCCGGCAUCAGCGGAGGAGCUGGAGGGAAAUCUGCCGACGGGAAUUGA